AACAACUCCAGCAUUGACCGGAGCUGAAGCACCACAGGUAAGAGCUACUGCAGCCAGAGCUAUGUCCUCGUUGCUGGAGCACAGCUUUGUCAGGACUGUAGCUUUGGAGAGGGUGGUGGCUCCCAUUGCAACUCAUUUAUGUUACCUGGUGCUGCUGUGUGACAAUAUGGAUGAUGAGUAUGAGCAGUUCAGCCAGCUGGAGGCAGCGGCUCUGGAGGUAGCCAAAGCCACUGACAACAUGGCGGCUGUGGUCUCCAGGCUAAUUAGUAAUACAGAAGAUGAAGUUCUGCACAUGGAGAUGUCGUCGCUGCUAGAGCCGCUCAGUGUGUCCGGGCGCCACGUCCUGCUGGCGGCGCAGAAACUCAGCAUCCAGGCUAAUCUGCCUGAGCACAGAGAGGAACUCAUCACCGCAACUCAAAAUGUUUUCCUGGGAGUUCUCAAAGUCCUUUUGGUGGCGGACAGUGCGGUUGUGAGAAAAGUUCUGGCUGCAGCUGAUCGGGUCCUAGACUCCCUCUCUGAGCUCGGCUCCUCUUUGGAUAUUAAAUCUCUCCUCAGGUCCUUUAAAGACUUCUCUGAAUCUUUGCUCACCCUUAAUGACCUCACAGUGGACAGGGCCAACUCCUUACUGGAUCCCAGACAAACAAAGCAACUUCUUGACUCCUUAGAAACACUGAGGAGGUGCAUUUCAAUGCUGCACACAGCAAUGUGCACCACCAUCAAACACCCUACAAGUGACCAGGCCCAGGCUGCCAAGAGGUUCAUUCUAGACAAGGUCCAAACCACGGUUAGAGACAUCAGUGUAACUCUCAAGAGCGACGGCCACAAAGGACCACUGGGUCCCUACGGGUUCUACACUGGGAGGCAUCACAGCCUGUUGCAUCUACUUGAUAAUUACUCUAGUGCACUGAUUCAGGACAGUGGCUUUGACAGCAUGGUGAGAGACAUUGUCUUCCAUGCCAUGGUUGUAGCCAACUCUUCACGAAGAGAGUCUCAGCAAAGAAUAGUGAGCCACUGCCGUCACAUUCUGCACUUCUGGUCUGACAUAAAACGGCUCUUAAAAUCCUCAGAAGAAAGUGAUGACACUGAACUGAGAUCUAAUAAGAUAUGCCUUUUGUUAAUCCAACAAAUACAAAUACUGGAUAAAGUACUAAAAACUGCAGUUCUUCAUCAAGUCUUGGAUACAUUUCUCACUGCCCCUUGUACAGACAAUGAUCUUUUAGGCACAAUAAAACGGCUCUUGGACACCGAACCUGCUGAAAUCAUGGAUCUGACUUUUCUCCAACCAGCAGUUGAGGAUUUCAUAUCGUCCACUGAUUGCAUAAUCCAAGUAGCAACCUUUGUCUCAGCUGUUGCUGAAGAUGCAAAGAGCUUGGAGAGUGUGGAGAACUCACAGGCAUGCCUUGUAAGACUAAGAGCUCAGAUUGCCCUUCUUUCCCUGGAGCUGGGGAAUAAUUCAUGGCAAACCCUUCCAAAGCUUCAUGAUGUGUGCCUGAAAUGGGAGGAGGAGACAAGUGAGCUACAGGAUGCUCUAAGUGAUGUGAUGGAUUUAAGAGAGUUCACAAGUCUUGCGGUCGAUGAAAUGGUCAAGGAGCAUCAUGGAUGCGAUGAAGCAUACAGAGAACAGAGCUAUAAAGUAUUUGAUGAACAUGCUAAAAACCUAAUUUCCUACAUGAAGCUGGUGAUUCGGUCAGUGAGAAGGCAUCUGGACAGAAGCAAUAAUCCGAUCUACAGGAACGGCUUGCUGGUCCUCCUCAAACAGGCUCAGUCCUCUCAAACCAAAGUGGGUGAAUCGGUCAGACACAUGCUCCACUUUGCAUCCACUCUGAAUGUGGAGAUGUACUCCACAUUUACAAACAAUGUUUCAGCAGCAAUUCAGCAUUUUAAGGUGCUGAGAGAAGGACUGGAUGGACACAAGCACCCACAUCUCCUCAGCCCGCUGAGAGAAGCAGCACGCAAGCCAGAAAUCUCACAGUCCUGUUCAAAAUUAGAGGAUAUUCAUGGGAUGAGCCUGGAUCAUGUGGCAAGAAACUCUCCUCUUUCUGAAGUGAUGCAAAUAGAUUCUCUCACAAAACAUGAUGAACCCUCAGAUACCGAAACUGUAGACGCAGAAGCAGCUCAUAAAUAUGACAGCAAUGAUUUAAAGAAGGCAGCUGUCCAAGAUGAACCUAAACUGAUCCACAUUGACCUUUUACCCCUUCUGUAUGAAGUUUUGACUGUGACUAAGGGGAAAGAUGUGUCCACUCUCAACCAGGUCUGCACUGGAGUUCUUGAGCUGUCGAAUCACUACGUCCAGGCCACGAAGGACGGCUCAGCGAUUGUUGACACCAUUGAUUCACAGACGCUGGAAGGCUUUAGAUCAGAAUUGGUGUCGCUGACGCCACUGCUGGUCCAGACAGCGCAAGAGAUGGCAAUGAGUUCAUCAAUGAGCACUGAGGCUCUCCGCAAACACAGCGUGCAGUUCUCUGACCUCAUUAGCAACAUCCAAAAGGUUUUACUGCCUGUAGCUGGAACAUGGUAUCAUGUUGCAUGUGAUGAACUGCAAAGAAACCUGCAAACCACCACAUCCAGUACUACACAGAAUCUAAAUGAAGUGAUGAGUUUAUGCACGCGUGUGGUCCAGUUCCUGACAUCGUCUGAUUUGAAAUCCGCUGAUUCUCAGGAAACAUUCAACAUUUUGAACAACAAGCUGAGCAAAACCCAGAAUAAUACAAAGUUUCUCAUAGAGCUUUCCUCUUUACCUGAAAGGCAGGUGGAUCAUCUUGAGGGGCUCUGUCUCCUUUGGGGUCUCUCUGUUCAGAUUUUGCUGAAUUCCUUGGAUAAGAUUUUAGGCACAUCAGCUGCAAUAAAUCAGCGGAACCCUCAAAAGCGACUGUUGGCUCUGUCGGAGAACUCUUUAAGGAUCCAAGAGGCUGCAAGACUCACUAGCCUGAACUGCAAAAGUGCUUACAAGUCAAAACAUCUGACGAUCUGCCAGAAUGAGCUUAAAAAACUCACUGAUGCUUAUCUUGAAGCCUUAGAAGAACUUGAUGCAAUCCCAAAUCUGACCCAACUUACAAAAUCAGAAUUCCUACAGAGACGACUCUUUGUUGAAAUUAGAGUGCUUUCUAAUCAGCUAGGCAAAGAGAACAGAAACUUUGUCUCUGCUUUUCAGAACAUUGUUGACAUUACUCAUUCUGCAUCUAAACAUGCAGAAGAAGCAGAACAGGAAUUUGAAAAGGCUGCAGAGAAACUUGUUGAAAACAUUCAAUUAGCAGCCAGAAGAGUGGAGGACUGCUUGAACUACAUCCGUGACCCACGGGCCCGUUCUAACCUGAGGUCCAUCAAUGAUCACUUGUGCUUUCAGAUCUCAGAUAUAAUCAGCAGGGCGAGGCUCAUUGUAGAAACUCAUUAUCUCUGUGACACACUCAGUUUAGAUGUGCAGAUCCAGUGCUGGUCAGCAAAAGCUCAUUAUCUCGUGGCAGAGAUUAUGAAGCAAGAUGGGAUUCAACAAGAAGUUAAGGAGAGCAUCAAGACUGGUUUACAGGGAAGGUCAUAUGAGGAUUUCAACAAAGAGUUGGCAAUGACGCCAUCUAGAGUCAAAGAUGUGGAAUUUGCUAACAAAAUGCCACCACUGCAGAGAGGCAAUGCAGAAACAGUAGAUGCAGCAGAAACUAACGUGUUCCUUGCAGCUGCUGUGAAGCAUGAACCCAAAGAUGAGAAAAAAGACUUUGGGGCCACAUCUACCGCAUACAGGGAAGAUUUUCCUCUGAGUUACACCUCCAUUUUUCUGAAGCAACAAAGUGACAGCUGGGAUCCAAAGGACAACAAAAUAGUCCAGGUGACGAGAAAGAUGGCCGACACAAUGAGUCACAUGACACAGUACUUAAAGAAGAAAGGCCCGAUACUGAACAAAGAUGCGUUUGUCAAUGCAGCCAAAGAGGUGAUCUCAAACUGUCAGACAGUAACUCAGUUUAUUAGAGUUAUCGCCAACCACAGCCUGGACAAGCACUGCACAGUUGAACUGUCCCUCAUCAUUGAGCAGAUUCUGACCAUCACUAAUCAGCUUAGCAUCAUUUCCAGUGUGAACGCUGUAACACCUGGCUGCAAAUUGUCUGAUGAGAUUCUGGUGAAGAACGCACAAAAUCUUCUUCAGACUGUUCUGAGAGGGGUUCACGCUGCAGAAACAGCCUGCAUCACGGGUUUGAAGCAGCCGGAACCAAACUCAGAUGGUGCAGAAGCAACAGCAUUGUGCUUCCAGUGGAAGAAAAACUUGGAAAUCUAUCGAGCCCAGCAGACGACUAACCCAGAAACCGAUGAUCUUGGUUUAAGAAAAACAUCAUCACACACUUUAGCUCCCAGUCUUGCCCCUCAGGUUAAUAUAAAGACUCCAAGAAUAAUUUAGGAUCUUCUAAAGAUGACAAGAAUAACAAGAGUUAGAUAUUAAGGUAAUAAAUUAUUAUACUUGAUCACACCAAGAUUUACUUUAUUGUCUAUUGUUUUAAUAAAGUUAAAAGAAACAUAAGUGAUAAGACACUAUUUGCAAAAAGGAUAAGAGGGAAAGCUCAAAGAUAGCAUAUUGCACAUUAAAAAUACAAAUGGUAAAUAAAAAAAAAAUUAUCAAAGAUUUAUUGUUCUAACCCUUUUGGAUGCCAUAUAAACAUAUUUUUGAGAUUUUGAAACGCCAGUCGCCUCAUAUGAGAUUUUGGCUAGAUCUAAAAGAAUAUUUUGGAGAAAAACUGCUGUUUUUGUAUAUCACAAACAGUACUUUCUGCUUGUAAAAUAAACACAAAAUUUUAUUUACAAUAUAUUACUAAAGAAGAAGGUCAAUGAAAGUGUCCCAUAUUAAAAUUGAACUAAUAUGUCAAACUGUACAUGUAGGACAAGAACAGACAUAAAAGCUACAAUGUGACUUUGUUUUACUCCUUUAUUCAAUAUAUUCAUAAUAAAACCACUUAAACGAUGAGUAUGUGUAGUUAAAACCAAAAAGCUGGUGUCACCAUACGAACAGGAAUAAAAAUCUGUUUAUACAUGAAGCACUCAGUAAAACACACUGUACACAUAAUAUAAAAUGCACAUUUACAAUGGAAAAUGAGAGAAAAUAAAAAAGGGAACAUUUCACUUUUUAGGAAAACAAAAAGCAGCACACGUUACUGAGAAAAGCUGCUACAGAAAUGCCUCAUUCUAUAAAAUUCUCACUUUAUGAAUACAGGCAGAAAUACAGUGCUCUACAAACGCCAAACAGAGAUAGAAACUGCGAUAAGGGCCACAUUUGUUACAUAUAUACAUUUAUUUGUAAUGCCUUUCAGAUAAUAUUUCUGUACAGAAAAUAUAGGGAAAAAUGUUUUCAUCCAUUUUUCAAUUUGUUUAUCAUUUUUAGGACAUAAAAUAAACAUUUACCUGCUACCUCCAAGCUGGUCAGUGUUUUUCUUUUGUAAAAUGGCACAUGUACAGUGGAUUAAAGAGUGAGUGUAAUCCAUGAAAUGAUACACAUUUUGUCACCUUAUAACCACUGGGAUUACAGACCAACACAAAGCAGUGUAUAACUCUAAAAGUGAUAGAGAAAUGAAACACCAUUUAACAAAAAUCAAAUUCAGAAGCGUGGCAUGUAUUUGCGUUCAGCCCCUUUGCUUGAUUAAUCCAAAUAUUAAUCAGAUAAUCCAACAUGUAAAAGCUCAGAAAGGACUGAGCUUUUACAUGUUGAUGUUAGAAGUAUGUUGUUUUAGCUGCAGAUUAAUCCUUUGCUCUGAUUUAUUGAUUAUCAGAAUAAUCAAUUACAAAAAAAUAAUUGCUAGUUGUAGCACUAAAAGCAACAAUGGGAAGGUUUAUGUCAUGUGGUAGAAUGGCCCAGUCAAAGUUCAAAGCAAAGUAA